GAUUGCAAGAGCUUUCGGAAAGACGGUCGGUAUGGCUGAUUUAACACAAAAAUUCCAUGGCCUUUUGCAGCACCCGCUGGAGCCGCUGUUUCUGCCGAAGAACAAUGGAACGCUGUUCUACGAUCUGCCGGAAAAGUUUCUCACGUCCCGCUACCGUCCUAUCGGGCAAAAUUUGGCCAACCGCUUUGGACCGAACUCGUCCGCUUCGGCGCAGGUCAGCAACGAUACGGGCGUACCGCCAACGGUGGUUACCAUUCGUGACCUGAAGGAGCUGCCGGAUUUGUCGUUCGCAUCGUGGGUAAGGCGUCGUGACUCGUUUUCGCUGUUCAAUGGAGAGCAUCGGAAGGCGGCCGGAAAGCUGAUAAAGCUUUUCCUCAGCCAACCGGAUGCGGAUACGCUGGUCGAUGUGGCCGCUUACGCUCGGGAUCGGCUGAAUGGGCCGAUGUUUCAGUACGCUCUGUCGGUGGCAUUGUUGCAUCGUCCGGACACGAAAAGCGUUCCCGUACCGUCGAUGUUGCAUCUGUUUCCCGAUCAGUUUAUCGAUCCAGCUGCCAACGCAAAGAUGAUGGAAGAAGGAUCCAUUGUGCAGGACGAAAAUAGGAUGGCGAUAACCAUCCCGAUGAACUUUACCGCAUCGGACGACGAGCCCGAACAGCGUAUGGCCUUCUUCCGGGAGGAUAUCGGUGUGAAUCUUCACCACUGGCAUUGGCAUCUAACCUACCCGGGCUCGGGGCCGCCCGAAGUCGUGAACAAGGAUCGUCGGGGUGAGCUGUUCUACUACAUGCACCAGCAGGUACUUGCCCGAUAUCAGGCAGAUCGGUACGCACAAGGGCUUGGACGUGUGGAACCGUUGAUGAAUCUUCGCGAUCCAAUACGCGAAGCUUACUAUCCGAAGCUGUUGCGCACUGCGAACAAUCGCACCUUCUGUCCCCGGUAUCCUAGCAUGGUGUUGAGCGAUGUUGUGCGCGCCAUAGACCGAAUGGACGUCCGACUCGCCAACAUCGAGUCUUCGAUUGCUCGUGUGCUAGAGGCGAUCGAUGCAGGAUUUGCAACUGAUCCCAAUGGAGGACGUAUCCCGCUGGAUGACACUAGAGGUAUCGACAUUCUGGGCAAUAUGGUCGAGCGAUCGUCCCUCUCGAUCAACCGCGGAUUGUACGGUGAUGUGCAUAAUGCCGGCCAUGUGGUGCUGGCUUACAUUCACGAUCCACGCGGCACCUAUUUGGAGUCGUUCGGUGUGAUGGGAGGCGUAGCGACCGCUAUGCGAGAUCCGAUCUUCUAUCGCUGGCACAAGUUCAUCGACAAUCUGUUCCUCAGACACAAGGCUCGGCUUGCGCCAUACCCUUCAGCCGCACUCGCCAACAGCAACGUCACGUUGGAGGCACUGGAUACGCAGCUGGAAGGUUCGAGUGGCGCUGUGAACAGUUUGAUGACGUAUCUGGAGCGUUCGCAGAUCGAUCUCGGUGCUGGGCUAGACUUUGCACCGACGGGAUCGGCCUUCGUAAGCUUCACCCAUCUGCAGUGUGCGCCGUUCGUGUUUCGGCUGCGCAUCAACUCGUCUGCCGGGACGAAUAGAAUGGAUACGAUUCGCAUCUUUCUGAUACCGCGCGUUAACGAGCAGGGACGCACGCUGACGUUUGAGGAGCGUCGCACACUGGCCAUCGAGCUGGACAGCUUCCGUGUGAAUUUGCGCCGUGGUGUGAACAAUAUCGUACGACGGUCGGCCAGCUCCAGCGUGACGAUCCCGUACGAUCGAACCUUUGGGAACGUGGUGCAGGCCAACAUGGGCAAUGUGCAAUCGCGUUUCUGUGGUUGCGGUUGGCCAGCACACAUGCUGCUGCCGAAGGGAAACGCGAACGGCGUUCAGUACGAUUUGUUCGCCAUGGUCUCCCGGUUCGAGGAUGAUAACGCUGUUAGCUACGAUGAAAACUCUGGCUGCGAUGAUUCUUACUCGUUUUGUGGAUUGAGAGACCGUGUUUAUCCAAGCCGCCGUCCGAUGGGUUUCCCGUUCGACAGACGGGCACCGACAAGCAUACGUACUGUGGCCGAUUUCGUUGCACCGUUCAGAAACAUGCGGCUGGCUACGGUGACGUUGCGAUUCAUGAAUAGUGUUAUCGAUCGACCGCUGGGUCAACCGUCAGUACAACGCCUAGCUUGUGCCUCAGUGUUCAGUACAGUACCAUACACAGUCUCAAGUGCAUCACCCGUGCCGAACAAGAUGUCGAACAACAGGAAUCUACUCGCCCUGCUGCAGCGCCCAUUGGAGCCGACCUUCUACCCGAAGGACAACGGUAAAACCGUGGUCGAUCUGCCGGAGAACUUCCUUACCGAGCGUUACCGUCCGAUCGGUGCCUCGCUGCAGAGUCGCUUCGGAAACGAUGCCGAUACGCGCAUUCCGGUGCGCAAUGUGUCGCCGCCAGCCAUUGCCUUUGCUGAGGCUGUACCACGCCGUGGAGGCUUUUCGCUGUUCAACCCCAAGCACCGUCAAAUUGCGGGCGAUCUCAUCAAUCUGUUUAUGACCCAACCGGACGUGGAUACGCUGAUGAGCGUUGCGGCUUACUCGCGCGAUCGGCUGAAUCCGAUCCUGUUCCAGUAUGCGCUGUCCGUCGCCAUCCAGCACCGGCCGGACACGAAGGAUCUGAACAUUCCCUCGUUCCUGGAGCUGUUCCCCGACUCGUUUGUGGAUCCAUCCGUGUUUCCUAAGCUCCGGGAGGAAGGUUCGAUCGUGCAGGCGGAGAACAGAAUGACCAUCGAUAUUCCGAUGAAUUAUACCGCUUCGGACCGGGAGGAUGAACAGCGUUUGGCCUACUUCCGGGAGGAUAUCGGUGUGAAUCUACAUCACUGGCACUGGCAUCUGGUGUACCCGGGCGAGGGUCCGAGCAACGUUGUCAACAAGGAUCGUCGUGGUGAGCUGUUCUACUACAUGCACCAGCAGUUGAUCGCUCGCUACAAUGUGGAACGAUUCUGCAAUCGUCUCGCUCGUGUGCGUCCACUGACGAACUUGCGUGAGCCUCUGACGGAAGGAUACUUCCCGAAGAUCAUCCGUAGCUUGAACAACCGUGCGUUCCCUCCUCGUCCGCAGAAUACGAUCCUGAGGGACAUCAACCGUGUGGACGAUAGCGUUGUCUUUACGGUGAGCGAUCUCGAACGCUCCGAGGCACGCAUUGCAGAGAGCAUUGACGGAGGAUAUGUUGUGGCCCCUGGUGGUAACCGAAUUCCUCUGGAUGAGCGUACCGGUAUCGAUGUGCUGGGCAACAUUAUGGAACCGUCGGCCCUGUCCGUGAACAGCCAGUUCUAUGGAAACUAUCACGGAAACUUGCACAACAUCAUUGCGUACAGUCACGACCCGGAUAACCGUUUCCUGGAAGGAUAUGGUGUGGUGGGUGAGUUCCAGACGGCUAUGCGUGACCCAACGUUCUACCGUCUGCACGCCCAGGUGGACAACAUGUUCCAUCGCUACAAGCGCACUCUGCAGCCGUAUAAUACCAACCAGCUCAACUACAACGGUAUCCAGAUUCAAUCGCUUGGAGUACAGCUGAACCGGGCCAACGCGCCGGCAAACGUGCUGCUAACGUACUGGCAGCGAUCGCAGGUUGAUCUUGCAACUGGGCUGGACUUUGGACCGGAGGGUAACGUGUUCGCAUCGUUCACGCAUCUGCAACAUGCACCGUUCACCUUCCGACUCACGGUGAACAACACCAGUGGAGCGGCUCGCCGUGGAACAUGCCGUAUCUUCAUUGGCCCGAAGGUGGAUGAGCGUAACACUGGUCUGACGAUGGAAGAGCAACGUCUGCUGAUGAUUGAGCUGGACAAGUUCACCGUGAACUUGAAUCCUGGUGCUAACAACAUUGUGCGUCGCUCGGAGCAGUCCAGCGUCACCAUUCCGUACGAGCGAACCUUCCGCCAGGUCGCUUUGUCGAACGUCAACGAACCGAGCACGGAGAUGUUCCGUUUCUGUAACUGUGGCUGGCCGCAUCAUCUGCUGAUCCCGAAGGGUGCUCCGGAAGGCAUGCAGUUCGAUCUGUUCGCAAUGAUCUCCAACUAUGCCGACGAUACCGUCAACCAGGAGUUCGAUGAGAACGUCAACUGCAACGAUUCACACUCGUUCUGUGGCCUGCGUGACCAGCUGUACCCCGAUCGUCGUCCAAUGGGAUAUCCGUUCGAUCGCCGCAUGCCGACCACUGUUAGAAGCUUGGCCGACUUUACCCGUGGCAACACUAACAUGGCGACGUCGCAGGUGCAGAUUCGCUUCACCAACACCAUCAUCGCCAGAACCUAAGCGGUGUGGAGCGUGGACAAACUGCAAAGAAUUCUUCCCGGACUGGACAAUGGUGGGUUAAGGGCAAUUGAAUCGAUCGCGCAUGAAACAAACACUUUUAAUAUGCAUUCGUUAUAUUCCAAAUACAAUCAAUUUAUACUGCAAUAGCAAUGAAA